AUGCAAUAUCGUUUCGUCAACAAUUCAUCGAACAAAUUGUUGAAGAAAAUUGAUCGAAAAUUGGAAGCUGAUUAUCGAAAACAAGCGGAAAAGAACGAUAAAGAAAAAGCAUAUUUUCUUCGACAAAUGGAAAUUGCACAUAAAAAAAAAAGUCAACUACGUCGAAUUUAUCAAUUAGAAGAAGAUCUUCAUCAACUUAGGAUUGAACACAAUGCAUUAGUUGAACGUGUUAAUCAAAAUGAAAUGAGAUGUAACCAAAACAAACAUGAUCAUGAUGAGGAAAUCAAUGAAAUUAAACAAAGAUUUGAACAAUAUCGAAUAGAAAUUGAACAAUAUAGAAAAACUAUAAAUGAAACAAUUUUUGAUCUUAAAACAAAAUCAGAAACACUGCAUACAAAACAAGAACGUCUUAAUAGAAAACAAGAAGAACAUGGAAUUUCAAUCAUUAAUCUUUCUCUUCAACGAGAUACACUUAAUAAACUAUCACAACACCUUGAAUUAAUCAUAAAUGCUCGUCAUUCAGAUCUUGAAAAACUGGAUAAAUUUAUAGAAAAACUUGAUGAUAUGAAAAAUUCGUUUAAUCAAAUUCAAGAAGGAUUUUAUUUACUUUAUCGAAUACCUUUUAUUGAACAAGAAAUUCAAGAAAUUCGAAAUUUAAUAAUUCAUCAAAAUAUAGUUGAACAAUUGGAAUUACGUAUUAGUCAAAUUCAAAGUGAUAUCACUCGUCAUGAUGAUUCAUUGGAGCAAUACAAUUUAAGACUUGAUACUUUGUUUUCAUUAUACCAGAAGUUAAAAGAAAUAGUUAAUGAUAUCAAAAUUACUGAUAUUACAAGAAUUCAAGAGCGUCUUAGAUCUAUUGAUGAUGAUUUAGAUAAAAAAAUCACGCGAUAUUACUGA